AUGUCGCAGAUGGCGUCAUCGCAGCCUUUUGAUGAUGAGAAGAUUGCUGUAGGAAUAGACAGGAAUUAUGGGAAUACAGCUGGAGACAGAAAUGCCAAUGAAAAGGGAAAUGGAAACGACAGUGAGGUUUCUGAUGAGUCGUUUGCGAAUCCAACGGGUUUAAAUGAGAAGGUAUUGAUCAGGAAGCUGGAUUGGAAGCUAUUGCCUCCUCUUACAUUGCUUUAUUUGUUGAGUUUUUUGGAUAGGAGUAAUAUCGGAAAUGCGAAAUUAGAUGGAUUAACGAAGAGUCUACAAAUCACCGGAAAUCAAUACUUAUUAACAUUGACCAUCUAUUUCAUCGGAUACGUUCUCUUCGAAGUACCUUGCAAUAUCAUACUUAAACGCACAACACCCAAGAUAUGGCUUCCAACACUUAUGCUUCUCUGGGGAAUUGUCGCGACUUUGAUGGGGAUUUCUAAAAGCUAUGCCGGAUUCCUGGCUGCUAGAUUUUUCUUGGGUGUUACGGAAAGUGGAUUGUUUCCUGGUGUAGUGUUUUACUUAUCAAUGUGGUAUAAGAGGACGGAAACACAUUAUCGAAUUGCCUUAUUCUUUUCUGCGGCUUCGUUGGCGGGAGCCUUUGGAGGAAUCUUGGCUUAUGGAAUUGGGUUUAUGGACGGAGUUGGAGGAUUGAAGGGGUGGAGGUGGAUUUUUAUCAUUGAAGGACUUCUGACUGUCGUCGUAUCUAUUGUUGCCUACGGCUUCAUCCACAAUUACCCUUCAACGGCUCCAUUUCUUACUGAACCCGAACGCUCAUUCAUCCAUACGCGCCUCAAAUCAUCUACAGAUGCAACGAACGCAGAGCCUUUUACCUGGACUAACGUGCGCGCUGCAUUUGGAGAUUACAAAUGCUGGCUCUAUAGUCUUGGCUUCCACACCAUGUCUCUGCCUCUCUACACCCUCUCCCUCUUCUUCCCAACCAUCAUUUCAGCCCUCGGAUACAAAGCCGCCACCGCACAACUCCUCACCGUCCCCCCUUACGCAUUUGCCACUGUGCUCACAUUAAUCAUAGCAAUCCUCUCAGAAAAAACUCACAAACGCGCCCCUUUCAUCUUAUUCUCCUCCUGUUUCGCAAUCAUCGGCUACAUAAUCCUUCUCGCCACCCCCAACACCAAACCCGGUAUCUCCUACCUCGGCACCUUUUUCGCAGCCGGUGGAAUAUACCCUAGCACAGCUAUCAUCCUCUCCUGGCCGGCAGCAAAUGUAAGCGGACAAACAAAACGCGCUACGGCUACCGCGAUGACGAUCACGAUUGGCAAUUUGGGUGCAGUGCUAGGAACCCAGUUAUAUAGGCCAGCGACGAGUCCGAGGUGGUUUUUGGGUCAUGGGUUUGCGUUGGGUUAUUUGGUGGCAAAUUUGCUAGUGGUGGGUACGUUGUGGUUUUGUUUGGAGAGGGAAAAUAGGGGGAAGAAGGCGAGGGAGGAGAAUGUUGAGGUGGGGAGUGAGGUUAUAGAGAAUGACGAGGAUGUUAGGUGGAUAUUUCAGACUUGA